AUGGGCGGGGGGGCUCGGGAGUGGAGAGUGGAGAGGGACAGCUGCUGUACCACUGUAACGCCAAACAUCUUGAGCAACCGCCUCCUCUUUCCAGUCGCAAGAAGGAACCUGGGCAUUAAGCUGUCUCGUGCUGCACCAGCCCGUCUGCCUAGGGCACGCGUCAAGGGAAGAAAGGAACCCCGACUGCCUUGCGAAGACGUGCUGUGGCCUGCCUUCGAGAACUUCUUGGAACGACAUCCAUGGGUGUCGCGUGAAUCGUUGAAGCCAAAGGCCAUUGCUUUGGAAAUGUUCGAUGCACAGCUGUCCUUCUCUGGCUUUAUCAAGAAGCUGAGCUCAGUGGACAAGUCAAAGCGAGUACUUCAACAAGAAGGGUUGCUCCUCCGAUUCUUGUCUCAAGUGCACAAGACUCUAAAACACAAUAUCCCAGAUGAUUUCAAGACUGAUGAGUUGCUGGACAUAGAAGCAUUCCUUCUGACAACGAUCAAUGGCUCUGACUCGAGCUUGUUGCGCGAAUGGGAGGCUCUGAAGGAUCUGGAGUUGGUUGAUUUUGAAACCACAGAAGCUUCAGAAGCUGUUGCUUCUGCCGAGCAACGCCUUACAGCCGUGUCUCCCACUUCUCGGGGCAGAGCUCCAGAAACUGAGAGUGAGUUUCGGUUGCUGCAGGCGAGAGCUCGAGUGGAGGCUCAAUGUUUUGCGCGGCAUUUAGCGAUGGGUAGAUGGAAAGAAGCUGCAAAGGUGCUGCGAAACGAGCGAAACGAUGCUGAAGCCGCUUGGGAUGCCGAAUCUCUCCGUGCGAGUAUCAUUUCAGGUGGUCGCAGGCCCUGGGUAAAGUCCGAUGCGUGUUACAGCAUCCAGCUCGAGAUGGACACCAUGGAUGAAGGGUUGCAAGUCUUCGGUGAAAUCUUGGAUGAAGAGAGUGAAGCAAGUGGAGCCAGUUUGCCUUGGCUGGAGUUUGAAGUCGUCGCACCCUGGCCCUCGAACAGCUUCGAGCCCCUGCUGCAACUGCAGUCGAUGGUCUAA